AUGGAUAGUGAGAGAAGAGUGCAUCCGGAUUGUAUAAACGCUUCGAAUCCUUAUCACGAGUGUGUUGAGUAUUGCUUUAAGAAAAUCGCUGAAGCAAAGGCCAGAUUGGAGAAGCUAGGACUAGCUGAAGCUGCUGUCGGUGGGCGAGGUCACACUAAUGCUAAAGCUCACGAGCAGUCGCUUGAUGAUAAAAGAGUAGAGGAAGAGAGUUCUGAAGAAGAAGAAGAUGAAGAAGAGGAAAACCAAGAACCUGAAGUAGACGUGUCCCAACUUACAGGGAGGAAGAAGAAGUUGUUUGAGUUAAGACUUAAGAUGAAUGAAGCAAGAAAGUUCAACCAGACAGAUGUGGGGAGCGAGAAGAAGAAAAUGGAAGCACCAACAGAGACAAAAGGCAUCUCGAAGCAGAAAUGGGUGGAGGAGAGGAGGAAAAAGAUUGGGAAGAUCCUCGAUGCCAACGGUUUAGAUAUGACAAAGGCUUAUAUGCUCGACACUCAGGAAGCUGCGGAAACUAAAUACAAGAAAUGGGAAAAGGAACCUACGCCUUCUGGUUGGGAUGUCUUUAACCAGAAGACGUUGUACAACGCGUAUAAGAAACGGACCAAGAACAUUAAGGUCGAUAUAGAGGAGUAUAACAGAAUGAGAGCAGCUGAUCCAGAGUUUUACCGCGAGGCCUCUAGCUUGCAAUACGGGAAGGCUCCAAAAACUUCGAAAGAUAAGAUUGAUAAGAUGGCGAAGGAGCUGCUUGACAGAGAGCAAAAGCGACAGGACUUUAGCAGGAGGAGGAAGUUCAGGGAGGAGAAGGAUGUCGAUUCGAUCAACGACAGGAACGAGCAUUUCAACAAGAAGAUCGAGCGUGCGUUUGGGAAAUACACACUGGAGAUCAAAAACAACUUGGAACGAGGAACUGCAUUACCCGACUAA